AUGGAUAGGCGGUUACCCAGUCUGCUUAAUGCUUUGCGGAGCAAUUUGGCAACCUUCACGAAUAUGGAUUCGACCCUGCAGGCCUACCCGGGCUUUCGAGGCCUGGAGACGGCACUUUACGAGCUGCAGGACAUCAUGGGGGAUGCUGAAAUAGAAACCGUGGCUAUAAGCGUUGAAGAUGCGCUCAGUGGCGAGCAAGAAAAUGCUGAAGAAGAAGAAGAAGAAGAGGGGGGAAAUGAUAAUAAUGGUGAGGACGAGGAGGGGGGAACUUGA